AUGUGUACGCAUUAUUCGUCUAACAGCGUUCUUAUCUAUCUAUAUAUCUAUCUAUCUAUCUAUCUAUCUAUCUAUCUAUCUAUCUAUCUAUCUAUCUAUCUAUCUAUCCCUAAACAUUCAUGUACUUUUAAAAUCAGUUGCCUAUCUAUCUAUCUAUCUAUCUAUCUAUCUAUCUAUCUAUCUAUCUAUCUAUCUAUCUAUCUAUCUAUCUAUCUCGUCAGCUACCUGUUUCUGUCGAUCAUCGUCUUUAUCUAUCUAUCUAUCUAUCUAUCUAUCUAUCUAUCUAUCUAUCUAUCUAAAUUUUGUAUAUACAUUUCUCUUCUUAUACAGGUAUAUACAUUUCUCUUCUUAUACAGGUAUAUACAUUUCUCUUCUUAUACAGGUAUAUACAUUUCUCUUCUUAUACAGGUAUAUACAUUUCUCUUCUUAUACAGGUAUAUACAUUUCUCUUCUUAUACUUAUUAUACAGGUAUACAUUUCUCUUCUUAUACAGGUAUAUACAUUUCUUCUUUAUACAGCGUAAUUAUGAAAAAACAUUUAUUUAUUUCAUACGACAAAUAUCUAUCUAUCUAUCUAUCUAUCUAUCUAUCUAUCUAUCUAUGA